AUGGAGUCGGAAACUCAGAUAUCUCGACUAGUUUCCCAGGGCAUUCUAUCGUUCAAGUCCCUCAUUCAGUCUUUGGAGGGCUAUCCCGAUUCUCCGCCUCAAUAUCGUCCACUGGCUUCUUCGUAUUUAAUGAGAUACAAGCUCUGGGUUGCUAGCCUAGGUGCACAUCGGCCCUGUGGAACCAGUUCACUCGAAUACAAACUCCGUGACGCAUCCGGUAUACGAAACAACAUCAUUUCGUUGCUCCAAGAUCUCUGCCGUUCAAUCAACGAAGCGCGGUCAGCGGUUACCCCAAUUGGGAGCGGCGAGGUCUGCCCCGAUGAAGAUCAUGAUCCCCUCGAUGAUGAGCUCGCGGAACUUCUCUACAGUGAUGAUGAGGAUCCUACUAGCCGAUCCGAGCUUGAUGAUGCGCUGAGCAGAGUAGGAAACACGAUCGACUGCUUGCUUCGGCUGUCUGCAGCGAUUCGCAACCCGGCUCCGCACGAUUUCUCCAUGUCCAAGGUGGCAGUGGAACUCAUUGAAGCCUUUCAACCCCUGGCCAAGGACCACAUCCGCCAUAAGUUCGUCCAGAUUGAUGAGCCCCUCGUUGACCGUCUGGCCAAAUCAAUGGCAAUGCGCCGCCAGUAUCUCAAGUAUCGCGAAGAACAUGCCAGCCGAAUAGCCCGAGGACUGGAAGAGGUUGAGCAAGGGCUCCAGUGCGAUGCUUCCGAGUACACAACCACACAAACAGUUAUUUCUUCGCUCCCUGGCCAUCUCAAGGACAAUAAUGCUAUCUCUAGUACCUUGUUCACUGAUUUCGAUGACGUACGCUCGCAAACAUCGUAUGCACCAACGGAGGUCAACUCCAGCGAGCUCCGUGUUCCCAGAAUACCUCCAGAAUACGUUGACGGGCCCUUCAGAUGCCCCUAUUGCCAAAUGAUUAUCGCGAUAGAGACGAGACACGAGUGGAAGAAACACGUCUUCCGAGACUUGCAACCCUAUACCUGUCUUGAAGAAGCGUGUACCAUCCCAAAUCAACAGUUCUCCCGGCGCUCGGAAUGGGUCAUGCACAUGGAGCGCGAACACUGGAGGGUCUGGCAUUGCUUUCUAGGUUGCAAUGAGGCUUCGUUCGAUAACCUGGAUCAGUUCCUGAAGCAUAACCAGUCCGCCCACACCGGCGAGUUGGCAUCUUCCGGGGUAGGGCAUCAAGCAAACAUUCACGCUUCUUCCGUCAAGGAUAAGUCCAAGGCCCGCGGACAGUGUCCUCUGUGCCUCAAAGUACAACUCGGUACUGAAAAGGAGUACGCCUUCCAUGUCGGAGGACAUUUGGAAGGCCUGGCUUUGUUUGCCUUGCCUCGUGUUGAUGAUGACUACAUGUAUACCACCGGAGAUGACUCAGAUGAAGACCAAAACGAACAAGAUUUAGUCAAAGAAUCAGACGAAGAGGACAUGGAAGAAGACGAGCUUAGUACAUCGGCCGACACCGCUUAUCAUGUGGAACUAGAAGUACGUUCCGAAAACGGAGACAUUGACGGACGUCACAUCGAAGGAGAAGACCCGGGGGCUUAUGGAUUGUCUGAUGGCAUACUUGAUGAGAUUACGACAUAUGUGGGUGAGGCGCAAAGAUUACAACCACGAGAAGAAGAGCAACCUUCGGAGUCCAUCAAUAUGCGCGAUCAGCAGACCCGAACAAUCCAAGAUGUGCAACUGCAACAACAGCAACAACAAGAGCAACAGCAACAACAAGAGCAACAGCAACAACAAGAGCGAAAGCAACAACAAGAGCAACAGCAACAGCAACAGCAACAGCAAGAGCAACAGCAACAGCAACAGCAACAGCAACAGCAACAAGUGCAACCACCGGUCAAUAACCGACAAUCUGUUCCCCAGAAGCCGACGGACGGCGGUAAUUCAACUUCUGCGACUCCCGGUAUGCAGGCAGGCCCUGGUCAACCACAGCUGAACGGUCCGCAGAAUGCACAAACUGCGACGAUGGCAGCCCUUGCCACCAACCCUCGGGCGAUACAAAUGGCCGACAAUUUGGAUAUUCCCGCAGAUACGCUAAAUGCAUUGCGUGGGAUCCUACAGCCCGCGAUCCUGCCUCCAAAUUUGAAGAAAUGGGUUCAUCUAAAGGCCUGGCACCAGGCAGCAGGCCUACCUCCUCAUGUUCAGGACAAGGUCGCCCAGGUGUUGACUACUCACCAGCAGCAACAGAUCCGGCAGCUAUUACUUCAAAAGCAGCAGCGAGCACAGAUUGCCUCCAUGGGCGGAGCUCUAUAG